AUGACAAAAUAUGAAUGCUACUUUGACAGUGCGCUGCACAUCAUUAAGGGUGCGGCCUGCAUCGCCUUCUCCCUGCCAACCGGAAGGACGACCAAGUCGAUCAGCAGGAAGAGCACUACCGCAGGGGUCAUGACGUUGUGUAGCGUCAAGAGCCAGCCAACGGAUUCUCAAUAUACAUUGUUCAACCAAUUGAUUGCACAAAAGAUCAGCGAGAAUGGGAAAUUCAGGGCCAUGCUUAUAGACCGUCCGGUGGCUGAAGCGGUAUAUGGCGACAGUAUCUACGACGAGAGGCCAGUCCCGGCCAACGUGAACAAGUUGCGGCUCGUAGCUCUGGAGGAGUGGAACAUCAACGCUAGCAUGCGCGAUGUCGUGAAAACUACGGGUCAAGUUGGCCAAAUCGACAUCAAUAAGCUGACGUACAAGGGCGAGAGUCAGACACUGCUCAUCAGCUUCGUUGUACAGCCGGGAUCCGAAACGCCGGACAUACUCACCGAGACCGAAAUCAUUACUUCCCCGGCAGAAUGCCCUCCCAAGUCCAUGGUAUUACCACCUGGAGAAGUAGAUACGACAAAUGACACUUUCAUCGAGUUAUUCGGCCUGGAACGCAGCUCUAAUGCUGCAAAGCCAGCAAACGAAAUUGACUAUGACAAACUCAUUCGCGAAUUCGGUUGCGAGAAAAUUACCCAGCAGCAGCUAGAUCGCAUAGAGAAGCUAAUAAAAAGACCAGCGCAUCCGUAUCUCAGGCGGGGACUGUUCUUUUCUCACCGCGGGCUUGACCACCUCCUCGAUGCAUACGAAAAGGGCAUUCCGUUCUUCAUAUACACCGGCCGUGGUCCGUCGAGCGAUACAUUGCACUUGGGUCAUCUUGUGCCGUUCUUGUUCACGCAGUGGCUGCAAGAGGUCUUCCAGGUGCCAGUGGUGAUCAUGCUCUCGGACGACGAAAAGUUCCUAUUCAGGGAAGAGCUGGAGUACGAUAAGGUCAGGGAAAUGGCAAAGGAGAAUGCACGUGACAUCAUCGCAUGCGGAUUCGACCCAAACCUCACGUUUAUAUACCGUAACACUGACUUCAUCGGAGACCUCUACGGCAUAUCGCUUAAGAUGCAGAAGAAAACCACGUUCAACCAAGUGAAAGGCAUUUUCGGAUUUGGCCUCUCGUCCAACAUAGGAAGCAUCGCAUAUCCGGCUAUAGAAGGUGCAGCGGCGUUCUGCCAGGCCUACCCUAAGCUCUUUGGCCAUCGCACCGACAUGUUGUGUCUGGUGCCACAGGGAAUCGACCAGGACCCCUUCUUCAGGAUGACACGUGAUUUAGCGCCUAGACUGGGAUUCCUGAAACCCAUAUCUAUCCAUUCGAAGUUCAUCCCUUCGCUUCUAGGAGUGAAUUGCAAAAUGAGCUCCAGCGUCGAGGGGUCAGCAAUUUUUGUCACCGACAGCCCGGCGAUAAUCCGCGGCAAGAUACACAAAUACGCAUUUAGCGGUGGCCGAGACACGGCUGAGGAGCAUCGCAGGCUUGGCGCCAACCUUGAUGUGGACGUGGCAUAUCAUUACUUGAGAUUCUUCCUCGAUGACGACGAGGAGCUCAACGAUAUCGCCACUAAAUACAAGGCAGGAGAGAUAAUGUCAUCUGCAGUUAAGGACAAGCUUGUUGAUAUCGUCUGCAACAUAGUGCACAACUACAGGGUGAGCUGCCGACACUACUGA